AUGGCCUUCGAAAAAGCUGCUGCUGUCUAUACUAAUAACCUAAACGAGCCUGACGACGCCGCCAACGCCUUAACGGAAGCGUUCAAAGUUUAUAGGAAGACCGAUCCUGAGGAUGCCGCGCGUGUAUUACAAAGUGCAAUCUCGCAUUAUAUUACGAAAGGGAAUUUUAGACGUGCUGCGACCCAUCAACAGAAUUUGGCCGAAGUCUAUGAGGUUGAGAUCGGCGAUGAAACAAGGGCUAUGGAGGCAUACGAGAAAGCAGCAGAGUGGUUCGAGGGCGAUAACGCUGAGGCUCUUGCGAACAAACAUUUCUUGAAAGUGGCGGACCUCGCAGCAUUGAAGGCAGACUACUACAAGGCAAUUGAAAACUUUGAGAAAGUCGCCAAAUCAUCUAUAAACAACCAUUUGAUGAAGUGGUCCGUAAAGGAGUACUUCCUCAAAGCUGGAAUGUGCCACCUCGCGUCCAAAGAUCUUGUUGCAACUAACCGUGCCCUUCAAUCCUACGUCGACCUUGACAAUACCUUCCUUUCCACCCGGGAGUACCAGUUACUCAAUGAUCUCGCCCAAGCUGUGGAGCAAGGAGAUCAAGAAGCUUUCAGCGACAAACUAUUCCAGUACGAUCAGUUGAGCAAACUCGAUAAGUGGAAGACGGCGAUAUUUUUGCGCAUCAAAGGCAAUAUCGAGGAUACUGGAGAGGAUUUCUCGUAG